AUGCAUCCUCUCACCUUUUUCCUCUUGGCAUCCUUCUUGCCCAACGUUCAGUUGAUGGAGGACCUGAAGGCACUGGAGGAAUUUGUGAACCGCCCUGACCCUCACUAUGAAUAUACCUUUGUGAAGGAGGAACCAGGACUUUACACUACAGAACGUGCCAACUUUCAUUACAUCAAUAUGACCUCACAAAAGUGGCUGGAUGAAACUGAAGUGGACAAAGCGGUUUGGUCACAUGAACUGAUUAUUCUUUAUCCCACAAAAUUGAAAUAUGGGGAAUCCUGCCUCCUCAUAGUCAGCUCCGGAGAAAUACCACCUGAAACAUUUCUGAGUGAAUUGCUUGGAAGGUUUUCGCUGCUGUACUUAGCAGUCAGAUUGAAACUGUUCUUGGCUCUGCUGACACCGGUUCCCAUUCAACCACUCACCUUCUAUAAACACCCCUUAGGCCGGGAGAAUAUUAAAAAUUAUGAUAUAAUGGCAUACUCGUGGUGGAGGUUUAUCAAUGACUCUUCUGUAUCACCAGAGAUGCUUGUGCAGUUCCCGAUGGUCAAGGCUGCUGUGAGAGCCAUGGACACUAUCACGGACUACGUGAUGGAAACAUUCCAGAUGAACAUUACAAAGUUCACAUUGGCAGGUAUUGCCAUGAACGGAUGGACCACUUGGCUGACUGCAGCAGUUGACAGUAGGGUUGAUGCCAUUAUUCCCGUUGCCAUGGAUUUUCUGAACUUCACUGAGAAUUUCCUCCACCAAUACCGAUCAUAUUGUGGCUGGUCUUACGGGCUGAAACCUUUCAUUGACAUGAAUAUAACCCAGAAGUUGGACGAUCCUGGCUUUGCUCGUCUGGCUUCACUCGUGGACCCCCUGGCAUACAAUGAGCGAUACACAAACGUAGCCAAACUCAUAAUUAUUUUAUCGGGGGAAGACGUCUUCCUGCCUGACAACACUCGUCAUUACUUUGCUCAAUUAAAAGGCGAGAAACAUCUCAGACUUGAGCGUAAAAAUACAGUACCAGAUUUGGUCGCAGCUUUCUACGACCUCGUCGCAAGAGAUAAACCACGUCCCAACAUUUCCUUGCAGAUAACGACAGAUGUGGUCAUGGCUGCCAACUUGGAAGGCUCUAAAAGUGGGGUGGACAAAUUCACAGAAGACUGGGCUAUGCACAGCUAA